AUGGCCUAUCACUCACCCACUAAUGCGCCCAAAGGACUUAAAGAUUCGAAUCCCUUUUCAUCUGCCAACGUGGGGCAUUUUGUGCACAGUACACCAAUACCUAUUAACGUGUGCAAGCAAGAUGAGGCAAUGGACUUCCAGCAGACCACUGCAUGUUAUCAACAGCACACUUCAAAGGGAAAGACUGGGUGCGUGCCCCGGUGGCUCUCCUCUGAUAGCGAGGAGGACAGCGAAGCAAGAGAGCAGAUUCCUACUCUACGUCCUGGCCAGUACGAUGGCACAACACCAUGGAAAGAAUUCCUGCAUCGUUUUGAGGGCUGCGCGGAGGCAAAUUACUGGUCAGAAAGGACAAUGACUACGCAGUUAAAAUUCUGUCUCGUUGGGGCGGCGGGGGCCAUCAUUCACCGUAAUCCUCUCUCAUAUCAAUGGAAUUACCGCCACCUAGUGGACGAACUGGAAUCUGCAUAUGGCCCUUCAUCUGAUCAUGCUGCUGCCGUUGCUCUGGAUCUCCGGCAGCGGGUGCGUAGACCAGGAGAAGCCCUGCACAUCUUCCGUGAUGACAUUUAUGGGAGAGUGGCGGUCGCUUAUGGUGACAAGACAGAGACUGAACAAGAUUCCAUCGCUGUUGAAGUUUUCACCAACGGUUUGGGGGAUGCAGACCUUGUUCAAAAGUUGUUGGAGAAGCGCCCACCCACGUUGGCCAUAGCAUAUGACCUAGCCCGUCGACAUGAGAUCACAAAAAGGGCUGCGUCUUAUGUUACCAGCACCAUGCAGUCAGUCACCCGUGGCGCUCCUGGGUUUCGGCCCCGCUCUGCUGUCGUACGAGAGAAGGACAAUGACCCGGCGGCUGAAGAUUUUUGCUCAACCAGACAUUCCACCCGUUCACCGGCACUAAGCGUCCCUAUAGCACCCAACCAAAGGGAUGACAAUAAAAGUGGGGGAGUUCGCUGCCGGAACUGUCAAGGUUGGGGCCACGUUCAGAGGCAUUGUUCUUCUCCUUUAAAGUCUGCCAAAGCUUCAACCUCUGACGAUGCACCUGGUGGGGGUCGCCAAACCACUGUCCUUCAUCUCCAGGCACAGAACAGAGAAAUGUCCGUCGCUGUACACUUUUACAACUCAAGGGUGUGCGCCGUGCUGGACAGCGGUGCUCGGAGAAGUGUACUGCCAUUGCACUAUUACAAUGCCAUUCAGCCCAACGUGCGGCCCCCGUUGCGACCGUCCACCGUCGAUACAUUGAUGGGUGUGGGACCCGAAAAUGUUCCUGUUUUGGGUGAGGUCCAGCUAACUGUAAACAUCAUUAACCGGGAAGUGGACAUUGAUUUCGUGGUGGCGGACAUCACCGGCCACGAGGUCCUGUUAGAGGUGCCCUACUACCAGCCUGAAGCCAGUUCUAAGUCCCAAGCUGUGAGAGUAGCAAGAACUGUCAUCAUUCAACCGGGGCGGGAAUACAUUGUUAGAGGUGAAGUAGAACCCGGUGCGGAAGGCCAGAGUGACAUGAUGCUUUGUCCCACCAAGGGGUUCAUCGAAAAGCACAAAGUGCUCCUCGCUAGGCUGCUGACUGCUACCCGACCAUCUAACGCUGUUCCGCUACGCCUCUUUAACCCAGGUAGUAGUGCUGUGACCAUCAAAGAAGGGUCCAUCGCUGGAAUCCUCCAGCCGGUGGUGGCCAUUCAGCCGGCCGGUAUGCUUCGUACCAGCGAAAUUGUGACUUCGACUCCGGUGGUCCCUCUCCACCUGCAAGAACUUUAUACGGGGUGGCGUGGCUCAGUGAGCUCGGUUGGUCUCGGGGGGGAAGAGCAGCUCCAGCUCAAACACUUGCUCUGCGCCUAUGGACACGUAUUUUCUACCGGGCCGACUGACCUUGGCCGAACCAGCCUUGUCCAGCAUGACAUUGUAACCCGUCCAGGUGCCCCAGUCAAACAGCCGCCGCAGAGAAUGGCAAGCGAGAAACAACAGCAUGCUGACCAGCAAAUUCGCGACGGCUUGGAGAGUGGCGUUGCCCAGCGCAGCCACAGCAGUUGGGCCUCGCCAGUAGUUAUGGUACGCAAGAAAGAUGGGUCAUACCGCCUCUGCAUUGACUAUAGAGCCCUUAACGAGCGUACCAUAACCGACGCAUAUCCGUUACCUCGUAUACAGGACAUGCUGGACACCCUUUCAACAGCUAAGUGGUUCAGCACUUUGGACCUUGCUUCGGGCUACUGGCAAGUGGAGCUGACCCCGCGGGCACGCCGAGCUGCCGCCUUUUGCACCAGGUCUGGCCUCUUCGAGUGGAACGUCAUGCCGUUUGGCCUUGGCAACGCCCCGGCGACCUUCCAGCGCCUGAUGGACCGCGUCUUGGCUGGCAUGCAGUGGGAGACCUGUCUGGUCUAUCUGGACGACAUCAUAGUGCUUGCCAAGGACGUGCCGGAGAUGUUGCAGCGUUUGGGCCAAGUGUUUGACCGACUCCAACAAGCUAAUUUGAAGCUGAAACCGAGUAAGUGUUGCCUUUUUCGUCAGCAAGUUGCUUAUCUCGGCCACGUGGUGUCCGAAAAAGGAGUGGCCACCGACCCCAGCAAAGUUCAGCAAGUCCAGAUGUGGCCCACGCCGACUUCAAUCCACGAGGUUAGACGUUUCAUAGGGUUGGCUUCGUACUACCGCCGGUUCGUGAAAGAUUUUGCCACAGUAGCAGAGCCGCUUCACAGUCUGACCCGAAAGAAUGCCCACUUCCAAUGGCACGAAGAACACCAGACUGCAUUUGAUGAAUUAAAGUACCGACUCACCUCCGCUCCUGUCCUGUGAUAUCCCCUCGACCAGGGUGAGAUGACGCUGAACAUGGAAGCCAGCGACUCAGGUAUCGGUGCUGUCCUGUCCCAAAUGCAGCAGGGUGUGGAACGGGUGUUGGCAUAUGGCAGCCGCAAGUUGACCAGGGCUGAGCAGAACUACUGCACCACGAGACGCGAGCUACUGGCCAUCGUGGAAUUCGCAGCUCAUUUCCGCCAAUAUCUCCUGGGCCUCCACUUCAAGGUACGCACCGACCACAGUAGCCUGCGCUAGCUACUGUCUAUGAAAGAGCCUGAAGGUCAGUUAGCCCGUUGGCUCGAGAAGUUGGCAGAGUAUGACUUCGAGGUUGUCCACCGCCCUGGUCGAAUGCACACCAAUGCUGAUGGACUCUCCAGAAGGCCCUGCCGCCAGUCCUGUCCAUGCAAGGUGCAUGUCCACUCAGCGCCGUCCACCAGUGUCACACAUCAGGCGACCCAAUGCAAUCUCGACCUUGGUGCCAGCUACUUACCACUGAGCCCAGUAGGGGUAGCGGGACGAGCGGCUGUUCCCACUCUGAGUCCAGACGGCGUGGAGGGGCAACCAUCGACCCUGGCCCUGUGUCCAGUGGGGGUAAGUAAUAAUACCCUCACAUGUGAUACAGUGGCUAGUACGCCUAAUUUGAAAUUGCAUGAGACUAUUUUUGUGAUGAAAACACCUGAUACCGCGUCUUUGCUGUCUUCCUUAUUUCAUGGCUGGACUGUUGAUGAGCUGAGCCAAGCCCAGGAUGCGGACUCUGACAUUGCACCCAUACGCACCUGGAUGCUGGCCAGCAGCGAGCGUCCUCCAUGGACCACGGUCGCGCCGUACAGCCCAGCCGUUAAAACGUACUGGUCCCAGUGGAACCGACUCUAUCUGCGAGAGGGCAUCCUGGUUCGCCGUUUCUUCUGCCUCGAUGAUGUCCAGUUCUACCCCCAAAUUGUGUUGCCACGUGACCUGCGAGCGGAUGUAUUGGACCAAAUGCAUGGAGGGACGGUAGGCGGACACUUUGGAGUCGAGCGGACCAUGGCCAGAUUGCGGACCCGUUACUACUGGUACCACAUGAGGGAAGACGUCUCCCUUUGGUGCCGGACCUGUACCAGUUGUGCGUCCAGAGCUCGUCCACUGAAACGACCGCAAGCUCCAAUGGGGACCGUCAGAGUGGGGGCUCCCAUGGAACGCAUCGCUUUGGACAUUAUGGGGCCGCUGAACGAGACCGAAUGCCGGAACCGGUAUGUGUUAGUAAUUCAGGAUUACUUUACCAAAUGGACUGAAGCGUUUCCCCUUCCUGACGAGCGAGCUGGGACUGUCGCAGAAGUUGUGGCGUCCGAAUGGGUCUGUCGCUACGGGAUCCCUCAAGCGUUGCACAGUGAUCAGGGCCGCAACUUUGAGUCCGAGGUGUUCCAAGGGAUGUGCAACUUGUUUGGCAUCGAGAAGACACAUACGGCACCGUUCCGACCGCAGUUGGAUGGUCAAGUUGAACGGUUCAAUGCCACUCUACAAAAGAUCCUUGCCACCACCGCAGAUCAUAACCAUUGGGACUGGGACCUUAUGAUUCCAUAUGCAGUGAUGGCCUACAGAGCGACCAAACAUAGUGCCACCAGGUUCACUCCAAACUUCUUGAUGUUUGGUAGAGAAGUGAGUGAACCGGUGGACCUCGUGGCAGGUUUACCCCCCGACAUAGACGAUCAACCCUCUCAGCCGGAGUAUGUGCAGCAGAUGCGGGAUCGGCUGGAGCUGGCCCACAGAAUUACCCGCGAUGUCUUGGGUGAGUCAGUUGCACGUGCAAAACGGCAAUAUGACAAAAACUGUUUCCAGACGCAGUACAAGGUUGGCGAUCCCGUGUGGUACCUUUUCAAAGGAACGCGCCACGUCAAAAACAAGGUGAAGAAGUUCCUCCCAUCUUAUGACGGACCGUUCUUCGUCCUUGGUCAGUUGGAUGAUUUGGUUUAUCGAAUCCAGAAGAACCCAAGAUCUAAGCCGAAGGUGGUGCACCAUGAUCAGCUGAAGCACUACCGCAGUCGGGAGCUGUUGGACAACGCCUGGGCCCUGGACCAGUCACGAAAAUGGACGCCCACCGAAGUGGCACCGCCUGUUCUUGUGGAGGAUCAAGAUGACUCAGCACUGGAUUUGCAGAACCUUUUCUCCAAUUCGAUGGUGUCCAGCCUUGACCCUGUGCCCUCGUCUGUUUCCACUUUCACUGAAUCCUCUCUGGACGAAGUCAACGACCUGGACAUCGGACCAGAGCACCGGACCGUUAUGGUGACUGGGUCACGAGGUGCCCUGCUCUACCGGAAAGUUUCCAUGGCGGCAGCUUUCAAGGAAAUCAACAAAAUGACCACGGAUCAAACGGUGCGAUUCAAGGCCUUGGAAGAUCACGUGGAGGCUCGGACCGAGAACUGGCUCCGUGGACUCACGGCUUCAAGCGAGGCAGGAGGCGGAAUGGUCGUGGAGAACACUGUGGCUACCACGUGUGUAGCUGUCAGCUGGGAGUUUGACAGGCUGGGGUUGACAGAAGUAUCCGACGAGGGGCGCGCUGAUCAGGUCCUGGAAACAAAAGAUAUCGUGAGCCGGAGGUCAAAGCCAAUAGAUACACUAGGGAUGCGAGAAUCAACUGACGUGGAAAACAGACAAGUUGUUCGGGCGACGUGGUGGUGCGUCCGCUGGGCUUUUAAGCUGGCUGAUGACGAUUGCUUACAGCUGGCCGCUCCACCCGUCUGA